AAAGACACCAUCUGAUAGCCGGUGUGUGACGCAGGCAUCGCUGAAGGCAGCUCCGUGUUAGGCCCCCCGGCUCACAUGUGAGUUAGGAGCAGUGGACAUGAAGAUUCGUCCUAUGUCUCCGGGAAUAGACAGGAGGCUGAAGCAGCGGCUGUCGCAGUAUCUGAGCAGUAACAGAUGUGGCGGGUACGUGGACCUUGCUGCCGUUGCUGCCGACCUGCAGAAAACCUUCAGUGCAGAAUAUGGCAGAAGAAAACGAAACGCCUUUAGAAUCCAAGUGGAGAAAGUGUUUAAGGUUAUCAGCGAUGAGAAUGAAGACAUUGGGGUUCUGGAUGGAGCACAUUUGGCAAAGCGGGCACGGCGAGGAGCUGAGGGGGAUCCGGAAAGUCCUGAUGACUCCACAGACACAGAUGAUUACACAGACCAGCCGUCCACGAAUCACAUGAACAGCUCUCUACUGUCGUUGUACCGGAAAGGAAAUCCUGAAUCCAGCUUGGACACCCCCACCAAAAAUGAUGUUCCGGACACCAGCACCCCGAUUCCACUCAAACACCCACGAGCAGCGUCAACGGGAAACACCCUGGAAACUAGAACCCCAGGAGCUGGAUGGUUCAUUGACAAGACGCCCACAAAAGCCACGGAGAAGAACAUCUUGAUAGAUCUGUGUGACGAUGGAGAAGGGGGACCGAAAACUGAAGAGCCAGAGAAAUCAGUGGAGACAUCUCUCUUGGACACUGAGAAGAAAAAGUCAAGAUUAAAGAAAACCCGGAGAGAGAAGAUGGACGCCCAGGGGGUGGACGAAGACAUAAAAUCUGUUCUCAUGAAGAAGAUAGAAGCCAUUAAGCUGCAGAAAUCGUCUGUGCGCUUUGAAGAUGUCGGAGGAAAUGAUGAGACCCUGACUGAAGUCUGCAAACUAUUGAUUCAUAUGCGUCACCCUGAAGUCUAUCAGCACCUGGGGGUGGUUCCUCCCCGUGGCUUCCUGUUACAUGGGCCUCCAGGGUCCGGGAAGACGUUACUGGCACAGGCGAUUGCUGGGGAGUUGGAUAUACCGAUGCUGAAGGUUGCUGCCACAGAGAUGGUGUCAGGAGUCUCGGGAGAAUCUGAGCAGAAACUGAGGAAUCUUUUUGAACAAGCUGUGAGCAGCGCUCCCUGCAUCCUUUUCAUUGACGAGAUUGAUGCCAUCACUCCCAAGAGAGAAGUCGCCUCCAAGGACAUGGAGCGCAGGAUUGUGGCUCAGCUACUUACCUGCAUGGAUGAUUUGAACAACCUGUCCAUCACCGCUCAGGUUCUCGUCAUCGGAGCCACUAACAGACCGGAUUCCCUGGAUCCUGCUCUCAGGCGAGCCGGAAGGUUUGACCGGGAGAUCUGCUUGGGGAUCCCUGACGAAGGAGCGAGACUAAAGAUCCUGAAGACUCUGUGUCGGAAGCUCCGGCUCCCAGAAUCCUUUGACUUCCAGCAUCUGGCUCAUCUGACGCCGGGAUACGUCGGGGCAGACCUGAUGGCGCUCUGCCGAGAGGCGGCAAUGUGUGCAGUGAACAGAGCGCUGAUCCAGCUGCCGGAUCGGCCAUCGUCAGAGGCUGAAGUAGAAGAUCCUGCAGCCACGUUACCAGUCCACGAAGUAAAACCAGCUCUGAGCGAGCUGCAGCGGUUGCUCGAGGUGUUGAUGGAGCAGUCGCCAUUUCCAGAGCAGCAGCUGCAGGGUCUGUGCAUUGAGAUGGCCGAUUUCCUGAGCGCUCUCCCGUCGGUGCAGCCGUCAGCCAAGAGAGAAGGCUUUGCCACGGUCCCUGAUGUCACCUGGGCCGACAUAGGGGCGCUGGAUGAGAUCCGGGAGGAGCUGACCAUGGCCAUACUGGCACCAGUGAGGAAUCCAGAGCAGUUUAAGGCUCUCGGACUCAUGGCUCCUGCAGGAGUCUUACUAGCCGGACCCCCGGGCUGUGGCAAAACCUUACUCGCCAAGGCCGUAGCCAACGAAUCCGGACUCAACUUUAUUUCGGUGAAGGGGCCUGAACUUCUGAACAUGUACGUUGGUGAAAGUGAAAGAGCCGUGCGGCAGGUUUUCCAGAGAGCAUCAAACUCUUCCCCCUGUGUUAUAUUUUUCGAUGAAAUUGACUCUCUUUGCCCUCGAAGGUCCAGCCAUGAAUCCGGAGCUAGCAUCAGGGUGGUCAACCAGCUGCUGACAGAGAUGGAUGGCCUGGAGUCCAGGCGGCAGGUUUUUAUCAUGGCCGCUACUAACCGCCCAGACAUCAUUGAUCCAGCUAUUCUGCGCCCCGGCCGACUGGAUAAGACCCUGUACGUGGGGCUUCCUCCUCCGAGUGAUCGUCUUGCCAUCCUGAGGACCAUAACUAAGAACGGCUCCCGGCCACCACUGGGUCCAGACGUCAAUCUGGAAGUAAUCGCCUCCGAUGAGAAAUGUGAUUGUUUCACGGGGGCUGACCUGUCUGCUCUCGUACGAGAGGCUUCAGUGAGCGCCCUGCGGAGCACAGUGUUACUGGCAGAUCCUGCGGCCACCAGAGGAGACAUCCUUGUGUACAAGAAACACUUUGAUGAAGCCUUCAAGAAAGUGAAACCCUCAGUCUCCAAGAUGGAUCAGGUGAUGUAUGAGCAGCUCCGCCUGUCCCUCAGUGCAGGAGAAUGAUGAGGGGCCAUGGCUGAUCGGGUCACUGCAGCAGCUCAGCAAUGGCGGACAUCAAGGUCAUCGCAGGACGUCUCCCAUACAGUACCAGAGCUUGGAGUGGCACAUUGCUGAGAAAUAACUUUUGACUAUUUUUAUAUAUUUUUUUUGAUCUUGAUCUCAGCGCUGUACAUAAACAGGAUUGUGGAAUUUAGUUGUGUAUUUAAAAUAUGGCCAUCAAUGUACAUUGUCUGCUCUGAACAUAAAUGAAGGUUAAAAUAUG